AUGUCUUCCCUGGUGAAUUACGAAAGCGGAGACGAAAGCGACGAUGAUAACAAAAUGGAUGAAUCGAACUCAAUUGGAAGUCCUACUAAGAGAUGCUCACUUGAUGAGAAGCAGACGAGUCAGAAGAUGGAAGACGAAUGGGAUAACUUUGAGAAAAUGAUUAGUGACAAAUCAGGCAGCCAGCAGCAAGGGCAAAACAUGUUGGACCCCCCUAGCUUGAACACCAUCAGCUAUCCGAGUUACAAACAGUCAACUGACCUUACCAGAAGCAAUUUACUCUUUAAGAGGUCGACCAAAGAAAAAGAAGAGGAUAAGAAUACUCACAAAGAAAGAAAAUCAGACAAAAUUGAGUCUGGCAAAUCUACCUGCAAAGAGGACAAAGAUUCGCCACCAGUGCCAGACUCCCGCAAACGAAAGAUUUCAGAUAUCAGCAAAGAUGACAACAGCGCCAAAGAUAAUAAAAAUGUAAAGAAUAAAAGCGAAAAUGAUGACGAAUGCCGACAGCGCGAUGGCAAAAACAAAAUGAAAAGAAGGUCAAGAUCACGUUCCCAUUCUAAAAAACGAAUGUUUAGAUGUAGAUUCUCGCCGAGCAACGAAGCAAGGAGGUUGAAGCAUUAA